AUGGCGGUGACGGGCACGGCGCGCGUGUCGUCGCUGCCCCCCAAUGGAAUUUCGGCGGUCGCCGCGCACCUCCAGAGCCAGCAUGGCGCGCAGCCGGCUGGCCCUUGGCGGAUCCGCUUCCGUCCUCACCGCCGCGUCCAUGGCACGCCCGGCACCGAGGCGCCUGGCGAGGCGCACCGGCGCACGCUCUGGGAGGUGACGGACACGGCGCACCCGCAGCAUGUAUUUGUCGUGUCGGAAGACACGUCGAAGCCCACGCGCGCCGAGAUGGCCCGCACAGGCACGCAUGCGCCGUCGAGCCGGUGGCACGCGCGCGUGAUGAGCGCCGAGUUCCCGACGCUCCUCCGGCUCAGCAACCUGCCAGGCCCGCUCGGCUCGGCGGUCGGCACGCCGGGCCCCGGCGCGUGGGUCCAGCGCGGCGCGCAGGUCCUGCUCGACGGCCUCUCGUUCCAUGUGCGGCUGCGCGGGCUGCAGGCGCAUGGCAGCGCCCUCAGUGCGGUCGGCGAGCACGACGAGUGCGUGCUCAGUAUCGGGAACGUCGUCGUCGGCUCGGACCGCAUCGUCGGCGGCAUGGUCGAGAUCCAGUACUUGCCGCUCACGCAGCUCCCGCCCGACUCGUCCCUCCUGGGCUCGCUACUUCUCACGCUCCUACCGCCGGACUUUGUGCCUCUGCUCGUGCCCAUGGCCGCGUCGCUACCGCUUACACUACCGACCGUCGUGCCCCGCACGAUGCUUCCGCCCUCGCUGCUCGCAGAGAUUGUGCCCGCCAGCACGGGCGCGUGGCAGCAGGGCGCGGUCACCGGCGCGCCGGGCGCGCCUGGCUUUGCGCCCUGGGACGCCGACGAUGCCGUGCCUGACGCGCUGGGGUGGACACCGCUCGAGGCGCGCCGGCGUAUGGCCUAUGUCCACCUGGUGCUGCUGCGCGCCGAGGGCCUCGCAUAG